CUCUAAAAAAAAAAACAAUUCCCCUGCAAAUUAUAAUGCUUGGAUACUUUGGCUAUGGCGGUGUUUAUGUUUAAUGAUCAAAAGCUCUGUUUUUCAUGCAAGCGUGGCGGAAGAACAGAGAAAGGGGUUUAUUAUCUGACCCAAGGACCCAUUUCAAUAAAGCUUUUAGUGAGAAAUUGAGGAAAAGUUUGAAGUUUUGUACAGAAAGUGGCACAGAUUCUGUAAAUGGGUGGAUUGUGCCUUCACUGCAUCUCUGAAGACGAAAGUGAGUGUGUUUGUGUGGCAAGUCGUUUUGCUUUGUAGUGAUUUGAAUUUGAUCCUGGAGGCUUAGAUUAGUGCUGUUCAUCGGAUUUAGAAGAGAUGGAUAUAAGUGAGAAAGAUGAGUUUUCAGCAGAGAAGAGGAAUCGUGAUGAUACUACUGUGAACUAUGAUUCGGUUAAUAAUCAGCAAACAGAUUGGCGAGUCUCUGGUUCUAAUACGUAUCCUCAAGAGAAUCUGAUUUCAGCUUGUGCCUCAUCUUGUUCUCCAUCUCAGAUGAUGGAUUCGUUUGGGCAAACUCUUUGGUAUGAUCCCACAAAUGUUCAGAGUUAUGGAGGUUUCAAUGGUGGUGGUAACGCCUCCUCUUCCUCCUUUAGGGGUAAUAUCGAUAGAUCUCUUGAGAUGAGUUGGAAUCUGCCUACUUUGUUGCCUCCUAAAGGCAAUAAUGGUCUUUUCUUGCCAAACGCUGGUAGCUUUCUCCCUCCGAGCAUGGCUCAGUUCCCGGCUGAUUCAGGCUUCAUAGAGCGUGCUGCGAGGUUUUCUCUCUUUAGCGGUGGGAACUUUAGUGAUAUGGUGAAUCAACCACUUGGGAAUCCAGAGUCAAUUGGGUUGUUUCUUCAAGGUGGUGGAGCUAUGCAAGUGCAAGGUCAGUGUCCAAGUAGUAAUGAAAUAAAUGUUGGUGAAGCUCAUAAUGAUGCAUCUAGAGCAGUGAAAGAACCAAAUGUUAGAUCUAGUGAACAAGCUAAACCGAAUGUUCCUGGAUCGGGAAACGUAUCCGAGGAUACUCAGUCUAGUGGUGGUAAUGGUCAGAAAGGCGGAGAAACCUCUUCCAAAGGCUUUGACUCAAAGAAGAGGAAAAGAAAUAGACAGAAUUCUGAAGCAGAUCAACAACACAGAAAUCAGCAAUCUGAGGAAGAACCAGACAACAAUGGUGAUAAAAAGGGGAAUGACGAGCAAAGUCCAAACUCACCUGGCAACAAAACAAAUAGUGGGAAACAACAGGGCAAACAAACGUCUGAUCCAAAAGAUGGAUAUAUUCAUGUGCGGGCACGUAGAGGCCAGGCCACAAACAGCCAUAGUCUUGCAGAAAGGGUGAGGAGAGAAAAAAUCAGUGAAAGAAUGAAGUUUCUCCAAGAUCUUGUACCGGGUUGCAACAAGGUGACUGGGAAGGCAGUUAUGCUUGACGAAAUCAUAAACUAUGUGCAAUCGCUACAACGCCAAGUAGAGUUUUUAUCAAUGAAACUUGCAACCGUGAACCCACAAAUGGACUUUAAUCUUGAAGGUCUUCUUGCAAAAGAUGCACUUCAACUACGAGCUGGUUCGUCAUCUGCAGCACCAUUUCCGCAAAAUGUGUCAAUGGUUUAUCCUCCUUUACCACAUGGAUUCAUGCAACAGACACUUUCCAACAUCGGAAGAACCAUUAGCUCUCCAUUGUCUCCUAUGAAUGGUGGAUUCAAGCGACAGGAAACAAAUGGAUGGGAAGGUGAUCUGCAAAAUGUGAUCCACAUUAACUAUGGAGCUGGUGAUGUGCCACCUGACCCUCAAGCAGCAGAUACAGCAUCUCUUCCAGCUGCAAACAUGAAGAUUGAGCCUUGAGAUUUCCUCUUGUUAGAUAGAAAUAUUAAAUUCUUGUAAUCUUUUUUUUUUCUUUUAAUGUUACUUUGUACUAUAUGAUAAUGAUGUUACUAUUAACGAAUACGAAACUACUACUAUUACUAAGCAUUUAAAAAAUUAGGAAAAGAAGAGUAAAA